AUGGAGCUAGGUGAGAAUUUCGCUGUGGGAGAGGUAGAGGCGACGGAAGCAACAACGACGAGGGCCGAUAUGACCAAGACUAGUUAUAGUUCGGCUGAAGACGACGAGCAUAACCCUGGACACGAUUUUGAUGGAGAAAGUCGUGAUUUUGAUAGUGAAGAUACCAAGAAAGUUCAAGUCGAGACAGGAGUUGAAGAAGAUACCC